UUUUUGUUGUUAUGUAUGUGUCUUCUCCGUGUUUACAUAUAUGAAUAUAGAUACGUAUGUAUUUCUUUCUUUCUUUACAGUAAGCUGGGUGAAUACCAAAGAGAACACGAGGACGCAGCCGCGGAUAUGUCCGCCUACGUCUCAAAUCCAAUAAACGCUUACCUGCUGACAAAACGACUGACCACCGACUGGCGACAAGUGGAGAAUUUAAUGGCGCACGAUGUAGGCGUCGAGUUUCUGAACAACAUCACGAAUUACCGCCACAUACUGAAAUUCCCAUCCGAUGAAGAUUUGAAUGGAGCUGCAGUAGCGUUGAUGCGGCUGCAGGACACCUACAAACUGGACACAUCGAGUGUGGCGCGUGGCAUGCUUAAUGGCAUACAAUACAGCACGGCAAUGUCUUCAGAUGACUGCUUUGAGUUGGGACGCCAAUCGUACGUCAAUCAUGACUACUAUCACACCGUACUCUGGAUGAGUGAGGCAAUGACUCGACUCCAAGAGGAACCUCAGAAUCAAACUCAAACCUUUACGCGGGCCGAUAUUUUGGAAUACCUCGCAUUUUCCACAUAUAAACAAGGCAACGUGGAAAGAGCGCUUACGAUGACUAAUGAACUAUUAGAACUAACACCCGACCAUGAACGCGCCAGAGGCAAUAAGGUAUUUUACGAAAAGGAGAUAGCUGAACUCCAAGCUGAACGCAAAGUCAAAGGUGACGAUGGUAGCGAGAGUACACCUGUCUCUGAUUUGCCGAUUGCCAAGGGUGAUCCCAGUGAUUAUACCUUUAGCGAACGCAAAGCAUACGAAAUGCUUUGUCGUGGUGAAUUGAAGCUGACCCCAGCGGAUUUGCGACCACUCCGAUGCCGUUAUGUUAACAAUAAUGUGCCCUUCCUGCGCUUGGCGCCACUCAAACUCGAAGAAGCCUUUUUGGACCCUUAUAUUGUGAUCUACUAUGACGUCAUGCAUGACAAAGAAAUUGAAUUGGUUAAGAAACUGGCGCGUCCUCGAUUCCGUCGCGCUACCGUCCAGAAUGCGGUUACCGGCGAAUUGGAAACCGCUAAUUACCGUAUCAGCAAAUCGGCAUGGAUACGCACAGAGGAGCAUAAGAUCAUUGAAAACAUUGUACAACGAACAGAGGAUAUGACGGGUUUAGACAUGAGUGUGGCGGAGGAAUUACAGGUGGUGAAUUAUGGCAUUGGAGGCCACUAUGAGCCGCAUUUUGAUUUCGCAAGAAGGGAUGAGAUUCGUGCCUUCCAAGGGCUCAACACUGGCAAUCGUAUCGCAACGGUGUUGUUCUACAUGAGUGACGUGGAACAAGGUGGUGCCACAGUCUUUACAAACUUACGCAUUGCUUUGUCGCCCAAAAAAGGAUCAGCGGCCUUCUGGUACAACCUGCACAGGUCCGGUGAAGGUGAUUUCAGAACGCGUCAUGCGGCCUGCCCUGUUCUAACUGGCUCUAAGUGGGUCUCGAACAAAUGGAUACAUGAACGCCAACAAGAAUUUCGUCGACCUUGUGGUCUGGAACCUGACCACGGCGAAUUUGCAAUUUAAGUCCAUUUAAAGAAAAACCAGCAAGCGGAAGUAUGCGUACGAGUAUUUAAAACUUGAUAAGCAUUCAAAGUUGUUACCUAAGAGUUCUAACUUUUUGAAGUCGUACGAAGCUUUGUGUUUAUAUUUGACCGUUUACAUGUCGGCCAUAACUUUGUAUUUUCUACAUUGUUACUGCUAGAGCAUUCAAAUUGAAACUGUUAUCGGCAACUGUUUGCACAUUUAGAAACGCUAUGAAAAAAUCGACUCAGAAAUUCGGUAUGCCAUUUUGUAAAUGUCGCGUUUUUUCUAAAAUUAGUGAAAUUCAAUUUUAUAAUUGUUAAGCUCUUUUUUAUGCCACUUACAUAAGUACAUAUGUAUAUUUGUACUAUUCUGUUUGUACAUGCGUAGAUAUACAUACAUAUACAU